CCCGGGCCCGCCAGCCAUGCCCCUGCUUGUGCCAGAGCCGCCGGCGAUGGGACUGUAGUGCCCGCCCUCCGGGGGCGACCCCGCCCUCACAGUGGACCCUGCCGACAGAGGGUUGGCCGUGGCGGCCGGAAUGAGCCUUGCUGCCAUCUGAGAAACAUGAUCAACAAGUUCCGCUGGAAGCUCCUGGCAGUGCUGGCAUUGUUCCUCGUCAUGGUCUGGUUCUCCAUCUUCCCAGAAGAACGCUCCAAAGCACUUUCCCAUUUCUCCAUCCAAGAUGAGAAGCCAGAGAGGGACUGUCCACAAGGCGAGGUGGGGCGGAAAGCGGCCCAGCUCAUCGGCAACUACUCGCGGGAGCAGCCCGUGUUCCUGCAGCUCAAAGACUAUUUCUGGGUCAAGACGCCAUCCACCUACGAGCUACCGUACGGAACCAAGGGCAGCGAGGACCUGCUCCUGAAGGUCCUGGCCAUCACCCGUGACACCAUGCCGGAGAACAUCCAGCGGUUGCAAUGCCGCCGCUGCGUCGUGGUGGGCAACGGCUACAGACUGCGAAACAGCUCCCUGGGGGACGUCAUCGACAUGUACGACGUGAUCAUAAGGCUGAACAACGCCCCGGUACACGGCUACGAGCAGGACGUGGGCUCCAAGACCACCAUGCGGCUCUUCUACCCCGAGUCGGCCCACUUCGAUCCGCAGCUGGAGAACGGCCCCGAGACCCUGCUGGUUCUGGUGCCGUUCAAAGCCAUGGACUUUCACUGGGUGGAGACCGUCCUGAGCGACAGGAAGCGCGUCCGCAAGGGCUUCUGGAGGCAGCCCCCCCUCAUCUGGGAAGCCAACCCCACACAAGUACGCGUUCUCAACCCCUUCUUCAUGGAGGUCACGGCCGCCAAGCUGCUCAGCCUGCCCAUGCGGCAGACCCGCAAGGUCAAGCAGAAACCCACCACGGGGCUGCUGGCCAUCACCCUGGCCCUGCACCUCUGCGACCUGGUGCACAUCGCCGGCUUCGGCUACCCCAACUCGUCCAACAGGAGACAGACCAUCCACUACUACGAGCAGGUCACGCUCAAGUCCAUGGCGGCCUCGGAGCACAACGUCUCGCAUGAGGCUCUGGCCAUCAAACGGAUGCUGGACAUCGGAGCAGUGAAGAACCUCACCUACUUCUGACCCGGCCGAGGGCCACGGAGACGUCGAGCGCCCUUCUGGCGGCCCCCACCCGCCCCCCGAGUCGUCGCGGAUGGGACCCCAAAGGCGGGGACAACCCUCCGAGGGCCUCGGGGACGGGGAGAGGAGCCUGAGACGGACCGUGGGGGGAGGUCCGGGGGAAGGCAGGUGGGCCAGAUAUCGGCUCCCUCUGGUAGAGACUUGAUUAAUGGUACGGUCCCGCCCCCCAACAGACUCCCGGCACCCGCUGUCGGGGGGAGGAAGGGUGGGAGGGGGAGCCUGAAGCCGCUGCAUCGUCGGUUACUGCUCCCUGCUCAUCUGGGUUAGGACUAUUUAACGGGCUAUUUAAUUACUGCGCGGGAGCGGGGGGCUGCGGGCGGCCCUCACGGCCUCAGGACUGGGUUGGGGGGGGAUGGUGCUGGGCUGGGACCCCACCCCUUGACCACACAAGAGUAUUUUGCCAAUUUUUGUACCCCGGCACGUUCCGGCCGGGCUCCAGGGGAGAAGUGUCCCCUGGCUGAUGUUUAGGCUGAGGAGGACGGGGGGGACCAGGGAGUGAGGAAAUUUCGUUCUCACAACUGGAGGUACCUGUUCUCCCUCCCCCUUAGACUGGGAGCCCCGUGUGGGACAGGGACUGUGUCCGGACUGAUUAUUUUGUGUCUGUCCCAGCGCUUACUGUAGUGCUUGGCACAUAGUAAGCGCUUAACAAAUGCCAUCAUCACUCUCAUCAUCGUCAUUAUCACCGUCAUCAACAGCAUCAUUAAACUUUAUCUU